AUGAAAGUUAUGUUUGAUUCUGGUGCAACAACAUCUUUUAUUAGCAAAGCAGCAUUAAAACGAACAACACAUUUACCGAUUAGGUUCGCUCAACAACAUUAUUUAAUGGCAAAUGGUUAUACAACCUUUGAAGUAAUUGGUACUGUAAAAAUUUUUAUUAAAUUCAAUCAAAUGAAAACAAGUAUCGUGGUAAGAGUUGUUAAUUCUUUAUGUGCUGAUUGUAUUUUAGGAAUGGAUUAUAUUAAUAAAUACAAGGUUAAUCUUAAUAAUAAAGACAAACAAAUUCGAAUUCAUACAUUUAACAAUAUGAUCACGAUUCCAAUGGAAGAUCAAGUUGGCAGUGUAAUUAGUCCACAUUCCUCAAUUUCAGUUAAGAAUCAUAUAGCUUGGAUUUCAAUUUAUAAUCCAACAUCUACAGUAUGUUAUUUAAAACGAAAUAUUAUUGUUGGCGUUGCUGUUACUCCUCACAUUACUGGUGCAGUUACAACUAGAGCUCAAGCGAAAGCAAAAACUAAUCCACACAAAUUAGCUGAUACUAAUCAAACUUCUGCUACAACAUCAUCAACAGAUGAUCAACCGCAGAAAGUGGUUGGUCAUGCGUUUGAUGUUUCCAUUAUUAGUGAAGCUCAAAAAGAUGAUAAAUUAUAUCAAGAAAAAGUUCUGGAACUAAAAAUGGGUCAAACCAAAUGUUCUUAUACACUUAAUGAUGGAAUUUUAUACAAAUUAUUUAAACGUCAUACGUUUGUACAAAAAUUGAUUUAUAUACCCUCUACAAUUUUGCCAAAAUUAUUAAAGGCUUAUCAUGUUGCACCUUGGGCUGGUCAUUCUGGUUUCCGUAACACUUAUUUCAAAUUAAAACAUAAAUACUGGUGGCCAGAUAUGAAAACAACUAUUAAUAAUUAUGUUCAAUCUUGUUCAAAAUGUCAGGAUUUUAAUACAAAUCGUCGUCAAUCUGAUUUACCACCAAAGAAGCCUAAGGCUAUUUAUAAAUUUGACAAGCCAAAUGGUUAUUUUCCACAUUUUACAAGAAUUCUAUCUAAUUGUUAUCAAAAGACACAAACUAAUAUGAAUCAAAGUCAAAAUUAUAAUCGAAUAUUUGAUCGCAAUCGUGUUGAUAUGUAUUGCAAUGUUGAUAAUCAAGAAUUAAAACGAAUUUCCCAUUCUCCUUCAAAAUCAUCUGCAAUUUAUUCAAAUCCUAUGAUAAUUAUUAAACAACAACAUCCAACAUAA